AUGCACCCGAAUCGGUCGUUCACACCUAAGCACGCACCACUCUCCGAUCUUAUGGCGUUUGAGACCAAAAUAGGCGUCGCACAUGUCUGUGUUGUUUCUGUUUCGACGUAUGGCGAUGACAAUCGGCACAUGGUAGAAGCGUUGGAGCAACUUCAGGGCCGCGGGCGUGGCGUUGCAGUUGUCAACAUUGAGUCAGUUAGUGACGCCGAGUUAGAUUCAAUGCACGCCGUGGGUGUACGUGGUUUACGGUUUAACCUACACACCUUGCGCGAAGAGAUCGACCGUGAGACCUUCAAGACUGCCCUCCACAAGUACGCCGACAAGAUCCGGAGGCACGACUGGGUAAUCCAAUUGUUCGUGCAGAUGCACCAGAUUUCAUUGAUAGCCGAUGAGAUCCCAAAACUCGGUGUCGACGUGGUUCUCGAUCAUCUCGGUGCCCCAACUGACCCUACCGUUGCUGUGCAGGAACAGCCUGGAUAUGCAGAACUGAUGGCCCUGCUCCGCGCUCGCCAGGUUUAUGUGAAACUCAGCGGCGUCUACCGCUUUUCUGGCGACAAUAUGCCCGGGUUAGAUGAUUACUGCCGCACAGUUCUGCGGGAUGCGCCAACACAGGUGGUCUGGGGUUCAGACCGCCCGCACCCUACUGGCCCGGAUAAGUUCACGACCCCCGAGGAGCGCUUGAUCCCACAGGAUUAUCAGAUCAUUGAUAUUCCUGCUUUCAUAGCUAAAUGCAAAGAGUGGUGUGACUACGAUGAAAAGAAGAUCAAGAUGAUCUUUGUGGACAAUCCUCGGAGACUGUGGAGGUACGACCGCGACGACUAG